CUUCCGAGAAGAACGGGCCUUUGGUUUAGCGCUCGAAUUUUGCCCUAAUGUCGUCCCCUCACCGGCGUAAUGCCUUCUCCGACGAAGAAGAACACCAGUACGAAGUCCUUCAGCAUCUAGGAGACGAAACCGACGACGAAGACGACGACACCAACGACGACGACGACACCGACGACGACGACACCAACGACGACGAAGAAGAAGAAGGCGGAGAAGACGAGCGAGGAGCCAGAGAGUACAUCGAAGUGCCGGACUCGCCUGGGGUUUGCCAGAACGAGAAUGACGAGAAGGAGAACCAAAGAAGGUUGGAGGGCGGUGGAGGAGGGGACGCUGUUUGUUCGACUUCGGGAUCUCAGGAGGACGGCUUCUGGAACCGUGGCGAGACCGAGGGGUUAUCCUGUCUCAUUUGCAUGGAACCUUGGACUAAUGGCGGCGAACAUCACAUCUGUUGCCUACCUUGUGGACACUUAUAUGGGUUUUCCUGCAUCAAGAAAUGGUUACAGCAGCGGCGGAGUUCAGGGAAGUGUCCGCAGUGCAACAGGAAAUGUAGUGUAAAGGAUGUCCGGAAAAUUUUUGCUUCAAGGAUUGCGGCAGUAGAUGGUGAAUCCCACAAGAGGAUCUUAUACCUGGAGGCCAAAUUAAGUUCUCUUGAGAAGAAGGAAGCUGGUUGGGGUAAAAAAGAAGCUGAAUGGAGAAAAGUGGAAGCGGAGUUGCGAUCAGAAGUUAAUCAGCUGAGGAAGAGCAUAGUUUCUAUGGAGAAUAUGAUGAAGAAUGGGCAGAGGAAGACAUGCGUGGCUUCUCAGGAGCAAUGUAUACCUGGUCGUAACAUCUGUCAAGACCCCUAUGGACAGGCACCUUCUUGUAACUUCAGGCCUCAGGGGGAACUGCAAGUUAGUGGUGCACGCUUAUUUGAUAUAGAUGCUACUAGACAAGUUUUAUUGUUGGCUCGUAGGCUCUCAGGGAUGGGUGGAACGUAUGUGCUUACCCGAAUGAGCCUUAUAUCUCCUCAUGAAACUGAUGAUUAUCCAUUGCCUUCUACUACCAAAGCCAUCAAGGAUCUUCACGUUUCCCCCAAUAAUGAUGGUCUUGCAGUAGUAGGCUCGUUAGGCAAGAAGUUAUCGGUUAUAAGCAUGGAGAGCCACCACACUGUCCUCUCCUAUGAUCUGCCGGCCGCAGCUUGGUCAUGUUCUUGGGAUGUCAACAGUUCUCACCAUGUUUAUGCUGGACUACAGAAUGGGAUGGUUUUAGUAUUUGACACACGUCAAACCAUGGGACCUUUGGCAUCAUUAACUGGCUUAACAAGCAACCCAGUUCAUACAAUACAUUGUCUCUCUAUCAAUUCCACUCCAACUUCUUCUUCCGUUAGUUCCCUAUUGUCUGCUUCAUCCAUUGGGCUGUGUCAGUGGAACAUUGGUGGCACCGAUGAAAGGCCAUCAUUGGUUUCGGGAACCGGGAUCUCAGGAGUUUGCAUCUCCUCUUCGUAUUGUCCUGAUAGUGAUCAUGUGGUAGCCUCAUUUCGACCAAGGGUUGAACUUUCUGAUGAGUCCUUCUCAACUCAGCCUUCAAUGGCUGCUUUUGGAGUUAAUAGUCACUUUGUACAGGGCACUUUUUUAUGUCUCAAGAGAACAUGUGUGGAUGCUUAUCAGACGCUGAGUUCCACAUAUGCUUUUGUGGACAACAUCCGGUUGCCGAAAACAAGAAUUUUGGACUUAGGGGAGAAGAAACAACUCUUUGCAUCUUGCGAUGAGUCCACACAUGAGGUCACAUUGCAAGAGCUGUCAUCUUUUGAUGUUACUCAGCGAGUGAAUCUGGCAAGUUAUCCUCUUCAAGAUGUGAAAUACAGAAAGGUGCUCGGUCAGGGACUGCUCGGUCUUUUAAGCGAGGACAGAGUGCAACUUCUUAGGAGUGGAUCUUUGUGAGAAGGGAUCAAAAUGGUGUUGUAGAAGACUGUGCAGAUGGAAGCAGGGUGAAUCAAUCAGCAAAGAGUUUAUGGGCAGAGACGGUGAGUUGUCUUUGGAAGAUCAUCAAAAAUACAAUUCAUGAAAGAUGAUAGGCAUAAUGAAGAAAGUCAGGUAAGAAGCUUAAAAUCCCAAGCAAAGCAAGUUCUUCAUUAGUGCAACUUUUUUGUUAUUGAUGUCACGUUAAAAAAAUAAUAAUUUAUUUUAAUAAAUAUGUUAAAUGUGGAUGGA